UCUUGGACGAUGACCUCUUCACUGAUGGAUCCGUCAUCUCCGAGACUCCCCCAUCCAUGGCAGCUUCCACUCUGGUGCUGCUGACCACCGCAACUUUGGCUCCUGCUGUCGCACACUCCCGGCACACCAAUGACCUCACAACGCAGCCUGCCGCAGCAGACCAGCCACCUCUUCCAGCCCCAGCAGAAGGCCAGACUGCGCAAUCGUCCCACGCACAUGCAUCCCUCCAUCCCAACAUCCCUUCUUCCCUUCCUUCAACCUCACCAACCUCACUCCAGCAGCCACAUCCAGCAACCCAGCCCAGAGAACCACCGCACACAAUGCCUUUGCAAAUGCUGCGACCGCUCAUUGAGGCGUGCCCACCGCAGGCCUGUCCGAACAUCCUCCUUUUCUAUCCCUCACCCAAGUUGAGUUCGCUUUCGCUUUCUCCCUCUACCGAGACACACUCUGUUCAGCCUUCCCCGACCGCAGUGCUGAAAAGGACGACUACCUAUCCACCAUCCUGGACUUGGCCCUGCGGUUUGGCGGCACAGGGUUCUACGCCUAUCACGUCCUGUUCUCCUCCCAAGCCGCAGGCCACCUCCACCAGUUCAACUAGGGCACGUCCUCUUGCCCCGACCACACGCCCCCCUUUCAUCCAGGCUUCAUCACCGCCACCGAUUGCUCAUUUACCUGCCACAACUUAUAAUCUGCACUCACCGAACCCGACACAGUGGACACAAUACUCUGAAAAGAGCUCAAGGAUGGCUUCAUGAUCAGACCAUUUUCCAGCCCCCCCUUCCCCAUCUAUCGAAUCAGCCCCAUCGGAAUCACCAUGAGAAAAUAUUCCAGCAAGAAGAGGCUCAUGAUUGACCUCUCUUCACCCCACGGCACCACCACCCCAAGCAUCAACAGCCUCAUUCCCAGCCCAGAUUUCUCCAUGAACUACUCCACUAUCACCCAUGCCAUAAACCUCAUCCGUCUUGCUGGCCGAGGCUCCUGGCUGGCAAAGGCAGACAUCACCGGCGCCUUCAAAGUCCUGCCAAUCCAUCCAGAAAUUGCAAAAUGGAGUUGAGGAUGUGGCGAGAUUUUCUUUUGUCCUGGAAUGGCAUUUCUUUCUUCUACGACGACCACAUCACCCAACCGGAAGACAUCUAGCUCUACAUCGACACUGCACCAUCAGUUUUGGUUUUGGAGCUUUGGAGGCUAUUAUGGCAGCAGAUGGUUCGCCUCUGCUUGGCACCCAGAGCUUUCUUCACUCUCCCCUUCCUCUGCACUGUCCAAACUCUACCUGGUCAUAAUUGCAGCACUUCUUUGGGGGCACGAAUGGUCAA